AUGAUAAGUGCGGACGUCAAUGCAAAACAGGAAUGCACGGUGGAAGAUUUGUUUCAAUUGAACCUUCCCAAAGCAAAAGGUUCACGUGAUAAAGUGUUUUGCAAACUUAAUGCGAACAACAAAAAUAUUGAGUUGGAAAUCGACACGGGAUCACCUGUAAAACUCAUAAACGUAGAUGACGCCAAGAAAUACUUCCCAAAAGAACGUGUAAAAACUACGGACACCGAGUUAUACAAAGGAACUGGCAAAAUCGUUGGUCAUCAAGCUAAACUUUACCUCAAAAACAACGUACCACCGAAGUUCGUGAAAGCAAGCCGUGUACCUUUCCCUUUACUGAAGGCAGUGGAAGACGAAAUCGCAGGGCAGGUGCAGGAAGGCAUACUUGUGAAGGUGGAUACAUCGGAGUGGGCUACGCCAAUUGUUGCGGUCCCAAAGCGCGGAGGGGCCGUAAGAAUUUGUGGUGACUACAAAGUCACACUGAAACCUGCCUUAGUGGUCGACGAACAUCUGCUUCCCACUAUUGACGAACUUUUUAGUGCCAUGGCGGACGGCGAAAAGUUUUCUAAAAUUGAUAUGUCUAAUGCAUACCUACAACCCGAAGUGCAUCCCGACGAUCAACACUUACUUACCCUUAGUACACACAAAGGGCUGUACAAACCAACCCGUUUGAUGUUCGGAGUACCGUGCGCACCAAGUAAGUGGCAACGAUUUAUGGAAUUAACCCUCAGCGACCUGCCGGGUGUAACUGUAUUUCUAGACGACAUAAAAAUCACAGCGAUCAAUGAUGAAACACAUCUACAACGCAUUGAAGAUGUUUUACGCAGGUUAAAUGAGCACAAUAUGCGCAUCAAUCUGAAGAAGUCAGACUUCUUGCGAGACCGAAUGGAAUAUUGCGGCUACGAAAUCGAUAAAACCGGCAUUCGCAAGUUACGUAACAAAGUUCUUGCGAUACAGAAUAUGAAACCACCGACUACAAAGGAUGAAUUACGUGCAGUUUUAGGUCUGAUAAACUAUUACGGGCGGUUCGUUCAAAAUUUAGGCGAUAUUGUUUACCCACUGAAUAUGCUGUUACGUCAAAACGUGCCAUUUAAAUUUACUGCCAGAUGCGUUGAAGCCUUCGAAAAAAUAAAAACUUUGAUACAGUCGGAUACUAUCCUAACACAUUACAACCCAAAGCUACCCUUGGUAUUGGCAGUGGAUGCAAGCCCUACCGGGCCCGUCGAUGGUCGUAUCUGGAAACACCACGUGGAUCAGAUUCGAAAAGUUGGUGAGGACUUAAACCGUGGCACGUUAAUUGAGGUAUUGCCACCAGAAGAAACUGAGGGUGCUAAUUCGGUUAUGAAGAAUUCACCAGAACCAUCGGUUAUGAAGAAUUUACCAGAAACACAACAAUCCUUACAAACAACCAAAACUGACUCAACAGAAGUGGUGAAAUCUCAGCAAGAACAACAACAAACGACGGAGCCGAUAAAAACAACAACAACCGUUGGUGACGAC